AUGUCUCCUAUUGAGUCAAUUCCUUUGAAGGCAGGGAAACAUGACGCUCCACAUACGGUCAACAGCAAUAGCCUGAAGAGCUUUCUCGGCCAUAUCAGUGUGCUAGCUGCAAGCUCUGAAUCUCAACUCGCAUCAGUCGUGCUUAGUGAGAUUGCCCAACACCGGAACAAAUUCAAUACAGAGAUGACGAGCUGA